AUGAUCUCGCUGCUGCUAGGUCUGGUGAUUAUUGCUGGCAUCGUGCAACUCUUUGUGGGCAACUCGCGUACCUAUGAAAUUGUCACCGCACAAUCCAGAUUGCAGGAAAACGCCCGUUAUUCGUUUGAUUUCAUCACUCAGGCGGCCCGUGAUGCCGGUUAUUUUGGUUGUGCGCCGGAAGAUGAUUUUGUCAUCAACGGGCUGGUUGGUAACUGGAAUCAGAUUCCCGAGUAUGAUUUAAGCCGGCCGCUGGAUGGCUUUGACGCCAAUGGCGACGGCACCUAUACGCCAACAGAUCUACUGACGUUGCCGCGAACUGAAGGCGCAACAAACCUCAACGUACACAUUGCGGGUAACGGUAUUGAUGGCACAACCCUCACACCAGCAGCAGAUGUUGUCAUAUUCCGUAGCGUAGAACAGCCGGUGGCGCGCUUGAAUGCAGUACUGCAGUCUGAUGCAGAGCCUGAAGUGUUCACUCCGGGCGGCGAACCCGAAUUUGCCGUUAACGAUGUUGUGGUUGUGUCUGACUGUGAGCAGGCCGCCAUGUUCAACGUCACCGGCGUUUCGGUGACUGGCGAUGUGACCACCUUGAGCCGUGCUGACGGCACAGGUUUUUUCAAUAACACCACCAGCGUGACCACCCUGGGCGGGGAUACGCUACCGGCAGCCAGUCCACCGCCGCUAUCUGUAUUAGGUCGAUCGUACGGUGGUGCAACAACCGUUGGUCGUGUGCAGACAACCAUCUUUUUUAUUGCGCCCAGCGCGAUCGCAAAUGAAGCAGGCGACAAUAUUAACGCGUUAUGGCGCAAGGUUGGCUCUGCCGCUCCGGUUGAACUGGUGCAGGGCGUUGAAGACAUGCAGGUUUUUUACGGUGUUGAUACCACUAAUGAUGGCAACCCUAACGUGAACCGAUAUCUCACCAUCGAUAACGUGGCAGACAUCAAUUCGGUGGUUGCGGUUCGGGUUCGACUCGAUAUUACAAGUCCGGAUGCGAUCCUGCGACAGGACGGUACACGUGAUCGACUGCGACGCACGUUCAGCAAAACCAUCAGUAUUCGAAAUGGUGUGGCGUUGUUUAUCAGCCUGGUGCUGUUGCUGGUGUUAACCAUCAUUGGCGUGUCAUCAGUCCAGACAACCAGCCUCGAAGUGCGUAUGUCUAGAAACGAACACGAUACGCUGCUGGCCUUCCAGGCUGCGGAGUCAGCAUUGCGAGACGCAGAAGCGCAACUGUUAGGCAUUACCUCCACCGCACCGUUUAAUGACAGCGCGGGUUUAUAUGAGGCGGUACCUCUGGGUGAAGCGGAAAACUGGGAAGCCGCAGGUACCUGGACAGGUGGCAACAGUGUCCUGGCUGAUGUCGUUGAAGGCACAGCCGCACCGUCACGCUACAUUGUUGAAUAUAUCGGACCGGUAUUGCGUGACGAAAACGCACACCAACAGGAAGACCCAUACUCGGGCGCGGCCACCGUUGACCGCGUUGAAAUGUUUCGUAUCACUGCGCGUGGCGUAGGCGGUACACCUAAUGCUCAAAAAGCAGUAAACGCCUCGCUGGUGAUGUUCACAUUGACGGUUUUGUUGUGGGGCAAUGUGUACGCCUUCCCUACGGUCGAUGCGGAUGACUUUGAUGACGACGAAGGUGCUGAGGUUGUUGGCAAUGUGCUCGACAAUGAUUCCGAGUCGGACGGGAGUCUCACGAUAGUUGGCUCAAGUUUACCUCCGGGAAUGACGCUGGAUGAUGAUCCCUUCUCACCAGACUUUGGCGAGGUGAGGUACACCCAUCCGGAUGUGCACUUCAGCGGCACCGUGACUUUUUCAUAUGAUGUGCGCCAGGUGGACUUAGCAUCUUGCCCUUUAGUCAUGCCUGAUCCGCUUUGUACUGUCACCGGGAAUGGCGUGGUGUUUUUUGCGCCUGUUGCCGACUUACCUCUGGUUGCCUUUGGUGGUGCUUCCGGCCCCGAAGAUACAGCGAUAUCUUUAGGUAUAUCCAUCACACCAGUAGAUCCAAGCGAAACGCUGGACAUUCAGCUCAGCGGUGUCCCGGCUGGUGCAGUGUUAUCUGGUGGAACGCUUGUUGCCGCGGAUACCUAUGCAUUAAGCCUGGCGGAAGCUAAUUCUUUAACCAUAACACCACCGCUUAAUUUCAAUGGCCCUCUGCCGCUGAACUUGUUUAUUGAGACCACAGAUACAGCGCUGGAUGCUAGCGCUUCGCCAGUGACGGAUCAGGACAAUGGAAGUUUCCCGAUCUUUGCCAUGGUCACUGCUGAGGAUGACGAUCCUGUGGCAACAGGUAUGGUGCCGACGUUAGAUACAUUUGAAGAUACGCCGGCAAACGUUGACCUGGCGGCAUCCGUCAGCGAUGUAGAUGUUGGCGACACGCUGAGUUUCUCUAUUGCUUCGGUCGAUAACGCGGCUAUCGACACAGCGAUGACGGUCGGUUCUGUCCUGGAGGUGAGUUUGUUGCCUGAUGCGUUUGGCAAUGGCUCUGUGACCGUCGAAGUGUCUGAUGCGGAUGGCGGCGUACCGGUUGUUCUGGUGGUUCCGGUAAAUGUUGCUGAAGUAAAUGAUGUACCCACAGUGGUGGGUGGGGUUGCACCCGUCGAUGUACCUGAAGAUUCAACACCUGAAGUGGUUAGCUUUGCCGGCGUUUUUGACGAUGUGGAUAUUCCAACUGGUGACAACCUUAGCCUGACAGCCGCGUUCGAAAGUGGUGAUGCACUGUUCGACACUGUUUCCAUGUCGGGUGAUGAUCUGACGCUUGAUUUUACAGCUGAAGCGAAUGGCGCGGCAGUCGUUCGUAUUGAUGCAACAGAUACGGCCGGUGAAGUUGCCCAGUAUUUUCUGAAUGUGACGGUGCAAGCGGUUAAUGAUGCGCCAGUUGUUGCCGGCUCUCUUUCCGAUCGCAAUAUCGACGAAGAUGAUCCGCCGGAGGUAGUUUCUCUGGCAGGUGUGUUCACCGAUGUGGACAUCGCAACUAAUGCAGAUGCUCUGACAUACGAAGUUGAUAACAAUACCAAUCCUGGCAUCUUCUCAAACCAGACAAUUACCGGUGACGAGCUGACCCUGGACCUGGUGCCCGAUGCAAACGGGGUGGCUGACAUUACUAUUAUCGCGCGCGACUCUGCCGGUCUGCCAAGUUUGCCGGUGACGUUUAGCAUCACUGUGGCUGGGGUGGACGAUCUACCCGUUGCCGCUGAUGAUGUUCUCGGCGACAUACCUGAAGAUACCCUCGAGCUGCGCAUUGAUGUGCUGGCCAACGACUAUCUUGGAGAUCAGCCCACUACUCUGGCAAGUAUUGUGAGUGUAGGCACUUACGAUUUUAUUGACGUUGAAGGUAACCUGGUUACCGCGCCUCAGGCUUCAGUGUCCAUUGAUACUGCUACCAAUGAGGUUUUGUUUACCCCCAGAGGUAAUUUCUGGGGUACUGCGAUGUUUGAAUACAGCAUCGAAGACGCCAACGGUGAUACAGAUACAGCCAUGGUGAGCUUUGAGAUCACGCCAGUGAACGAUGCGCCUGAAGGUCUGCAAACCCACCGGUAUGAUGUGUUUGAAGGUGCUAUCCUUAACGUGGAGCUGGCCAACGGACUGUUGGUUGGUGCCUAUGACGUUGAUCCUGCGCAGGUAGAUGUUAAUGGCGAUCCUAUUGCGCCACAGCCGCUCAGCAUUGUGUUUGAAACAGCGCCGCCACCAGCUCAGGGCACACUGACAACAACCGCCAGUGACGGCACGUUUACCUUUAUACCCGCGCCUGGUUUUACCGGCGAAACAACAUUCCAGUAUUCGGUUUUUGAUAACCAGGUCCGCAGCGCUCUUGGUGACGUGGUGAUAGAAGUUCUCCCUUUGCCGCCCGCAGCAAGCACGCCUAACCCCGGUGAAGUGUCGGUGCUGUUCAAUCUGGCGAAUACGCCGCUGGAACAGUCUGCAACCGUAUCUCCCAACGUCCUGGUGACCAUGGAUGACUCGGGCAGCAUGGACUGGCAGGUGAGCAUGGACAUGACUGAUGAUAAUGGUCGAUUUGUCAUAAAUAACAAUGGCAUCGCAACUUCAUCUCGUCGGGAGCGCGUCUAUAGCUAUCUGUUCAGUCUGAAUACGAAUGCUUACAGUGCAACCAGUGGUAAUGGUCGUGUUGUGCCUUCGCAGGAAUCGUUGCCAGCGGGUAAUGACUAUAAUGUUUGGCAGGCCCGUAGCGCUGCUUUCAACGGCAUCUACUAUGACCCUACGGUGGAUUACAAUCCCUGGACAGGUAUAGAUAAUGCCAACAAUGAUCUGGCUGAUGCUGUGCCUACAGCGAUCCGGCUUGAUCCUAUGUCAGCGGCCAAUACAUUUGAUAUCACCCAGCCGGUCAAUUAUCUGGCGCACUCUGUGCCUCGCUGGCAGACAAGCGGUGGUUCAGCUAAUGUCAAUGUCACCAACUUCUACAUUCCGCGCUACUACACCGCAGCUGGGGUUCGAGUGGAAAUUCGUGAUGACGGUACGAUGUAUCCCGGUGGCGAUCAACGUGAUGACUGUUCCGGCCCAAGUAACACGUGUACCUACGACGAAGAGAUUCAGAACUUUGCCAACUGGUUUCAGUAUUACCGUUCGCGCGAACUGGUGGCAAAAGCGGCGCUGGGUAACGUUGUUGCUGAGUUGCAGGAUAUACGGGUCGGCUUUGAAACCAUUAACCGUCGUAGCAAUGAAGCCAUUGCUGACAUGAAUGAGUUCUAUUGGGAAGGCGAAAAGCAGGAGCUCCUGGACGAUAUUUAUUCAGUUGAUUCCAGCGGCGGUACGCCGCUGCGCAGAGCCCUAGAUGAUGCUGGCCGUAUUCUGGCCUGCGAUCGUGCUGAUCGCGAUUGUCCGGCCUUACCGAUCCCAGAAGGUAUCUGUCAGCAGAACUUCACACUGUUGUUCUCGGAUGGAUACUGGAAUGGCUCAACACCACGCCCCGGCAACUUUGACGGUGACGAUUCCAGCGUAUUUGAUGGCGGUAAAUUUGCAGAUACCCAUAGCGAUACGCUGGCUGACAUUGCCAUGUAUUACUACGAGAACGAUAUGUUCCCCGCUGUCGAUGAUGGUGUACCUCUGUCCACCGCUGAUGUUGAUAGUGUGCCGGUAGGUACCUAUACAUCGGCAAACGACUUUAUCCAUCAGCACAUGAAAACAUUCACCAUCGCAUUUGGUGUUGAGCCCGACAUUGAUCCGUUAGCGGCGGAAGCCGCGCUCGCUGGUGCAACGUUUGCCUGGCCAUCACCGGGUUCAGCGCCCAAUGCUAAAAUUGACGACAUGUUGCACGCAGCCAUUAAUGGUCGCGGUCGAUUCCUGAACGCAGGACAACCUGGCGAGCUGCAGGCUGCUGUGGGUGCUGCAUUCCGUGAGUUUACCCAGGCGGCUUCUUCAAGUUCAGCAGCAGCCUUUAACUCAACGUCAUUACGUGAAGGUACAUUCCUGUAUCGCGGUUUUUAUGAUCUGCGUAACCGCACGGGUGAGAUGACGGCAAGCACGGUGAACGCAACAACGGGCGAAAUUUCCGCCGUACCUACCUGGACCGCAGCACGGAUGCUGGAUCCCAGCGGACCGCUGAGCCUGACUCCGGCCCAACGCAUUAUCUUCAGCUACGAUCCUGACAGCAAUGCAGGUGUUCAGUUUGUUUACAACGAUCUAACGCCUGAUCAACAGCUGACUUUGAGUGAAAACGAAGUGAACUUCCUGCGCGGUGAACGUAAUUUUGAGGAACCGCUGCCGGGAACAUUGCGAGAGCGCCUGGCUGACGAAGGUUUGCUGGGUGACAUCAUCAACUCAAGCCCGGUAUAUGUUGGGCCACCACGGGCAUUUAACCGCGAUCAGAGUCCUUAUCCGAUCAACGAUCUGUAUUCGGAAUUCUCUGCUGAUGUCGCUGCGCGAAGACAGGUGGUGUACGUCGGUGCAAACGACGGCAUGAUGCAUGGUUUUGAUGCAGAGACAGGCGCCGAGGUGAUGGCUUACGUACCUAAUGUCAUCAUCGAUGCCAGCAACGAGUACAGCAAUAAGCUGACGUCGUUUACCUCGCCAUUUUACCUGCAUGACUAUUAUGUUGACCUUUCACCCCGUUUGAAUGACGUUUACAUGCGGCCUUCAACUUCCGAAGCCAAGCAGUGGAUGACUACUCUGGUUGGUGGUCUAGGAGCGGGCGGCAAAGGUUACUUUGCGCUGAAUGUCACCGAUCCGGAUACUCAGUUCGCUGAUCAGGCGACAGCUGCGGGCGCUGCGUUAUGGGAAUUCACCGACGAGGAUGAUACCUAUCCGUUGGAUGCCGCGGGCGACCCUAUUGGUGGUGCAGUGGGCGCAAUCACCGACUUCAACGGUGAUCCGGUAAAAGACCUCGGCUACUCUUUGUCGCUGCCGAUCAUUACUUUGAGUAAUGAAGUGGACACCGACACCUUAAAUGAGUGGGUGGCUAUAUUUGGUAAUGGUUCAAACUCGACCUCCGGCAUUGCUACCCUGUUUGUGUUGUUCAUGGACAAAGGUCUGGAUGGCUGGGGUACAGCGGGUGACUUUGUGAAGAUCACCACCGGUGCGGGUGUACCGCUGCCAGGUGAACAGCUGGAAGGUUACCCCAAUGCGCUGGGCACCCCAACGGCAGUGGAUCGCGACUUGAAUGGCACUGUUGACCUGGUGUACGCCGGUGACCGUCUGGGUAACCUGUGGCGGUUUAAUCUGGAAAGCUCAAACUCAGCAAGCUGGACAGCGACACGGCUGUUUACAGCGACCUAUGACGAUGGCGGUACUGAUGUGCUGCAACCCAUCCUGUCCCAGCCGUUGGCUGUAAAACAUCCUCAGCAGACAGGUUUCCUGAUUACCUUUGGUACAGGCAGCUUCAUUGCAGAGGAAGACGGUAGUGAUACGUCGAUCCAAUCGAUCUACACCAUCUGGGAUCCACUGGUGAGCAAUCCGCCCACUGCAAAUGCUGACACGAAAGACACGCGUCUGGUUGAGCAGGUCAUCACCAAUGUUGUGGACGAUUCGGUAACACCCGCGCAAACGCGGCGUAUUCUGACCAACAACACAGUAGCCUACGCACCUGAAACGCUUUCAGCUGGGGUAUACGGCUGGUAUAUCGAUCUUGAUAUGGUUCGAGCUGAAGACACUAUUUCAGGUGCUACCAACACCGAUAUCAGUGGCCAGGCGCCUCCGGAUGUACAGUACCCUGGUGAAAAAGCUAUUCGACGCUUCAUUUUCCGGGAUGGUGUGAUAUUGACCACAACCGUUCUGCCCGCGACCAACGCAACGUCCUGUUUUGGUUCGCGGCCGGGUGCAAUUCUGAUUCUGGAUGCACUGACCGGUGGUGACCCGGGUGAAGCGGUCAUCGACUUUAACCUUGAUGGGGUUGUUGAUGAUGCGGAUCUGCUGGCAGUAGGGGGGCAGGACUUUACCGCUGGUCUGGUGUUUGACUUCACGCAGCUCGACGGGCAGUUGGUGGACUUGUCUACCCUGGGCGGCCAAGGGGAUACUGACUUCCUCUUCAUCUGUGGUGGUAACGAGUGUAUUUCACGCCGUAUUCGUGACUUGAAUGACAACAAGACCGGACGUUUGUCCUGGACGGAGCUGCGCGCUAACUAG